AUGUCCCGACGGCCGCUGACGGGGGCGCGCCGGCGGAGCCAGCUGCUGGAGGCCGCCGUCCUGAGGGAGGCGCGGGAGACCCCCGCCGAGACCCCCGCCGAGACCCCCGCGGAGACGGCGAGGGGCAUGCAGGCGCACGCGGAGCCCGGCGUGGACGCGCACGCCGUCUCGCAGCCUCCCCAAAAUAACAGCGGCUUCUGCAUGAACGCACUCGCAGGAGAAUCCCACGCGGGCUCGGGGGGGCCGGAGCAGGUCAGGACGAGCCCGGCCGCGGUGACCCCUCGCACAGCCUCACCUCCACCCCCGCCCCCGCCCCCGCUCUCCCUCAUCAAUCAUCCCGUUGCCGUCGCCGACCAGCCGGCAUCUUUUGACCCCACGGCAGCACGAGAAUUCCCUUCAACCUUGAGUCCCGCCCCCCUCGGUCCCGGCCCCCCAGCCGACCCCGCCUCCUCUGCUCUCCCCGUGGAGGCGGAGAGGAAGUACGCCCUGCGCAGCUCCGGGCGUCCGCGCUUCCCCUGUCACCUCCGGAAGUCCUCCCGCAUCCGGCGGAGCGCCGAGGACGGAGACAGGAAGGGGCGGAAGGAGAAGGACCCGGAGGAGGGCGGGACGGUGGGAGCGCCGGACGACCCGCUGCUCAGAGUCCGAGAGGAGGCGGGGGCCGCGGGCGAGGGGAAGGAGCCCCCCUCCGGGGACGGGAAGGGCCCCGCUGUCCCCUGCCCCGCGCAGCUCCCUGUAGCUCUAACCGUCCCCUCCAAACCGGCUCCUAAGGCCACACCCAAAUCCGGGCCCAAACCGGGCCCUAAGCUGGGCCCCAAACCCGGGCCCAGACCCUCCCCCAAGUCGGCCCGGAGACCCGGCCCUAAGUCCGUGCAGCGUACCUCUCAGACCUCGGCUCCUUCCGGCCGCCCGGGCCCGCACGCCGCCUACCCUCGCACGGCCAGCCUUCCCGGACCCCCGCCCGCCGCUGUGAAGAAGGAGCCCGUGGAGCUGGAGGUGACCCCGGCGACCAAGCGCAGGCGGGGCCGCUUUGUGGGGGUGAGGAGGAUCGUGGUCAAAGUGGCCCGCAUUCCCGUCAACCUCAGCCGGCGGCAGAAGAGCUACAAGAUCUCCAACCUGGAGACGCUGUCGGGGCCGGAGAAGAGCAGCGAGGGGCUCCUCGAGGGCCCGGACCCCGUCCGCGAGCCCACCGCGCUCCUCCGCAUGAAGAACAACGGCAAGAGCGUCAUGGUGAUGUUCCCGCCCGGGGAGCUCCCGGUCAUCCUGAAGCGGCGGCGGGGUCGCCCGCCCAAGCAGGCGCCGCCCGGGAUACCGGGGGAGGCGGUCGGCAACGCCGUCGCCGGCGGCAACCCGGACCAGCCCAAGAAGCCGCGGCGGAGGCGGCGUACGAAGCUCCCGUGCCCCUACCCGUCGUACGUCAACGACACCAACGACGUGAAGAGCGAGUACGGGGACGUGCUCUCCAAGCUGGCCUUCCUGAACCGCCAGCCCCCCACCACGGCCCGCUGCUCCCCCCCCCGCUGCUGGACGCCCAGCGAGCCCGAGAGCUUCCACGUGCCGUCGGAGAACCCGGGCCUCUCCACGCUGCUGCACCGCCUCACGGGGUUCCGGCGCCGCGGCGGCCGGGGCGGAGGGGUGGGGCGGGGGGGCGGGACGGCGGGGGGCGCGGCCGGAGGGGACUUCAACAAGAACACCUUCAGCGACUUCUUUGAGUCCAUCGGCAAGAAGCGCAAGCUGAGCCCGCUGUCGGAGACGGGGCUGCCCCGGAAGAGGGGGAAGGGCGCCAACGCGGGCGGGACGGGGCGGGGCGGCGGCGUCGUGGGCAGCGAGCUGGGGGGGGACAAGCCGGUGAGGAAGAGACGCUCCCGGAAGAACGGGGCGCUGAAGGGGGAGGCGGGGGCCCUGGGUCCGGACUGGGGCAACGGAGCGGGCCCCUGGGGGGAGGAGGGCGGCAUGGAGAAGGGGGGGCCCUACCAGGCCUGCGGGUCGCCCAGGGGGGGGUUCUCCUCCUGCGAGGCGGGCAGAGGCGGGCCCUUCGGCGCGGCCGGCGGCGGCAGGGGAGCGGGGCCCGGCGCCGAGGGCCCCCAGGGGCUGUUCGCCGGGUACUUCCGCUCGCUCCUCGACUCGGACGACUCCUCGGACCUGCUGGACGGCGCCUCCCAGCGGGAGUCCCGCAAGGCCGCGUCCACCCCGGGCUACGAGCCGUCCAGCCCGGCGCCCGGCCCCAGCUGGUCCCCGGCCUUCCCCAAGCGGAGCCCCAAGGCCCCGGGGGCCGCGGGCGAGGGGCCCGCCCAGACCCAGCCCUCCUCCGCCAGGACUCCCUACAGCUACAACAGCCUGGCGCAGACCUCCCCCACCCCGCCCGGCUACCCCAAGCCGGCCGCCCCCUCCCUGUCCCUCUCCCACUCCCCCAGCAGCCCCCACCCCUCCUCCUACGGCUCCUACUCCUCGGGCUUCUCGGCCGCGUCUCCGCCCGGGGGGGGCGGGGCCCCCCAGAGGCCCCUGGACUGCAGCUUCUCCCUGGGGCCCGGGCAGAGCAAGGGGCCCGCCCUGAGCGCGGCUCAGAUGGGGUACUCUGGCUACCAGCUGGCCGCCAAGCGGGGCUUCGGCGGGUACCCGGGCGCAGGGCAGUCCCCGGCGGGGCGCGGGGAGCUGGGGGGCCCCACCUCUCCGGGGGGGGGGUACAUGUCGGUGGCUAAGUGCAGCCCGUUCAGCUCCUCCGUGUCCCCUGAGGGGUACCGGCAGUACAACGCCAGCCAGUGGAGCUACAGACAAGGCUACGGCGGCUGGGCUGCAGACAGCUUCGGGUCUCAGUACCACAACUACAGCGAGUACGGCUCCAGCGAGUCCAAGGACAUCCUGGACAUCUCCAACUACACCCCCCAGAAGGCCAAGCGCCAGCCCUUCCCCGAGAGCCUAUCAGAGUCCUCCUCCGACUCGUCCCACCUGAGCUCGGCCGCCACCGGCAGCGGGCCCAGCUCCGGGGGUGGCUCCUUCCGGCAGAAGGACUCGGCCCCCGUGUGCGCCGACGGCGGGCAGUCCAGCCUGUCCAGCCUGGAGAAGCUGAUGAUGGACUGGCACGAGAGCGCGGCGGGGCCCUCCUACAACUGGAGCCAGAACGUGCUCUUCCAGAGCGCCGGCAGCAGCAAGCAGGGCCGGGGCCGGCGGAAACGGGCCGAACCGCCGCCCACAGAGAAGGACCGGGGGGCCGCUCUCCCCCCGGAUUCCCCGUCCAUACCGUCCCCCACCCCGGCGCCCAAGCGGGGGGGAGCCGGAGGGCGGCCCCGCGGCUCCAGGGGCGGCAGGGGGGGUCUGUCCCCGUGUCAGAGGGAGCGGCCCUCCGGCGCCAAAGGCAGGGCCCGGUCGGCGUCCGCGCUGAGCGUCGGCGGGGCCGCGGGGGGGCCCGACUGUUCGGAACUGUUCCAGGAGGGGCCCGACUACUACAGCGGCGACAGCUGCAGCCUCUCCCCGCUGGCCACGCCCAACCCCGCUGCCCCGGGCCCCUACCUGCAGGACCCCUCCGAGUACCCCUCCCCCUACUCCGCCCACCCGUCCACGCCGUCCUCCGAGGAGCGCUACCCGGCCGUCUACCCCGGGGAGUCCUCCUCCUCGCUCUCGCCCAGCGUCUCCUCGCCCCCCUACCCGCCCAAGCCCACCCCGCCCCCCGCCCAGCAGGGCUUCCACCCGGGCCCCUCCAGGACCUUCUCCCCGUCCUGCUCGCCGGCGCCGCGGGCCGCGCCGCACGGCGGAACGGCGCUGAGCCCCCCCCCCCGCGCCCCGCCCAAAGACCCCCAGUACCCCCAGUACGACUCGCCCAGCUACUGUAGCUCCCCCUUCUGGUACGGACAGUCGUCACACAGCGGCAGCCUCAGCCCCCAGACGCACCCCGGCGGCCACUCCGGCCCCCACCCCCACAACCCCAACAACCCCCACAACUCCCACAACCCCCACCCCAACUCCCACAUGAGUCCCCACGGACACGCGCAGGGCAACCCCCUGGCCAGCACUCACGCCAACGCCCCCGGCCUGCACCCCCACCCCGCCGCCAUGGGCUUCGAGGACCGCCACCCCCCCUCCCCCAUGGCCCACAAGCGGGAGCUGAGCGGCCAGCAGCAGCAGCAGCAGCAGAUGGGCCCCGGACACCACCAGGGGCCCCUCCCUCACUCCCCGUACCACAAGCCCCCGCUGGACGCUUCCCCCCACCAGGAGGACAUGGGGGGCUACGCCCUGCCCCACCACCCCUACCAGGGGGGGGGCCAGCGCUACGCCGCCCAGGCGGGCCGGGGGGGGGGGGUGCUGUGCCAGCUGCUGGAGCCCGCCUCCGAGGAUGGCUUCAGCGUCACCAGCCUGUAGCAGCAGGUUCAUCCAAUCCAAGCUUUUACAGAAUUUGCAAAUGCAACACUUUUUUUUCAACACAACCGUCUUUGUGUGAGACUGUGAAGGGCGAGAAUUUAGCUGCCAGCUUUGGACAGUAAAGCUUUAAUUCUCCAGCAACGACAAUCAAGAUCCAACGGCAACACAAACACCAAAAUGCACAAAUAAACACACACACACACACACACACACACACACACACACACACACACACACACACACACACACACACACACACACACACACACACACACACACACACACAAACAGAAAUCCUUGCACAAACACAUAGAUAAAACACACGUCUGCCAUAAACAGACCCGCCACACACAAACACAAACACAGCCUGUGAACAAACGUAAACACAACACACACGCCUGUGGUCUCCCGAACGAAGGCCACACAGUGUGUGUGUGUAUAUAUGCAUUUGUUCCUUUCACAGAAACAGAUAACUUGCACAUGUGCAUACUCUCUCACACACACACACACACACACACACACACACACACACACACACACACACACACACACACACACACACACACACACACACACACACACACACACACACACACAGCACACACAGCACACACUCAGCUGGAGGGAGGGAACGGAGAUGAAAGAAGAUUGGCCGACUUGGACCGACAGCGAGACAGUCCUGUGGAUAAGCCACGCCCCUUGGAGACCUGCCAGGGCUGCCUCUGGAAGACUCACAGAACGGGGCUGGUGAUGUGCCAGGCACCUGGAAUACGGAAAAUACGGAUCAUAAUCCCUGUGCCGCAACCCCCCCCCCCCCUCUUCCUCUU